CGUCACAGUAACCAUUGUAAUGUAGUUUCAUAGUUUCAUUUCAAUCAUUAGUUGCAAAGUCGUGCAGAGCUGUUCAUUUUGCAUAGAACCUCCAGUGACGUUGGUCGCCAUAUUAAUAGAAGCUGUAACGUUAGUGUACUGAAGCACAGUUUGACCCAUCCCAGAAUAUAUCCGUAGUUUGCAAAAUGCGUGAAAUCGUUCACCUACAAGCGGGCCAAUGCGGAAAUCAGAUCGGUGCCAAGUUUUGGGAAGUGAUUUCCAACGAGCACGGUAUCGAUGCGACCGGAGCAUUCCAGGGAGAAUGUGGUGAUUUGCAGCUGGAAAGAAUUAACGUGUACUAUAACGAAGCAGCUGGUGGGAAGUAUGUACCGCGGGCAAUACUGGUAGACCUCGAGCCUGGCACCAUGGAUUCGGUCCGUUCCGGUCCGUUCGGGCAGCUGUUCCGUCCGGACAACUUUUCCUUCGGCCAAUCGGGCGCGGGCAAUAAUUGGGCCAAGGGACACUACACCGAAGGUGCGGAGCUGGUAGAUUCGGUGCUGGAUAUUGUGCGCAAGGAGGCCGAAAAUUGCGACUGCCUGCAGGGUUUCCAGCUGACGCAUUCGCUCGGUGGUGGAACGGGAUCGGGCAUGGGCACGCUGCUGAUUUCAAAAAUUCGCGAAGAGUUCCCGGAUCGCAUCAUGAACACGUUUUCCAUCGUUCCAUCGCCAAAAGUGUCCGACACCGUGGUCGAACCGUACAACGCGACGCUAAGCGUGCAUCAGUUGAUCGAAAACACGGAUGAAACCUAUUGCAUCGACAACGAAGCACUCUAUGACAUUUGCUUCCGCACGUUGAAGCUAACCACGCCAACGUACAGCGACCUCAACCAUCUGGUAUCGGCGGCCAUGUCGGGCGUAACGACGUGCCUUCGCUUCCCCGGUCAGCUGAAUGCCGAUCUUCGUAAGCUGGCGGUAAACAUGGUUCCGUUUCCGCGGUUACACUUCUUCAUGACCGGUUUCGCGCCGCUCACUUCCCGCGGGGCCCAACAGUACCGUGCCCUAACGGUGCCCGAGCUAACGCAGCAAAUGUUCGACGCGAAAAAUAUGAUGGCCGCGUGUGAUCCGCGUCACGGCCGCUACUUAACCGUGGCAGCGAUCUUUCGGGGCCGCAUGUCGAUGAAGGAGGUCGACGAACAGAUGAUGAACACGCAGACGAAGAACAGCAGCUAUUUCGUGGAAUGGAUCCCGAACAACGUGAAGACGGCGGUGUGCGACAUUCCUCCACGGGGGUUAAAGAUGUCGUCCACGUUCAUCGGCAACUCUACCGCAAUACAGGAGAUUUUCAAGCGCAUUGCCGAACAAUUUACGGCCAUGUUUCGGCGCAAGGCAUUCUUGCACUGGUACACUGGAGAGGGCAUGGAUGAGAUGGAGUUUACCGAGGCCGAGAGCAAUAUGAACGAUCUCGUGUCUGAGUAUCAACAGUACCAAGAGGCUACGGCAGACGAGGAAGGCGAGAUGGACGAGGAGGAGGAAGGCGGGGAAGACUAAAGUCUGAUGUUAAAUGGAAUGAUUAAAUUGCGUGUUAAAUUCUUGGUAAAUGUUUGAGGUCAAUAAAAUUAUCAACUCUUUGAUUGAUGCUGAUAAA